AUGAGCCAACUAUCUUCUAAAACGUGCUGGACUUGUCGGAUCCGCAAGAAGCGAUGCGACCGAAAACAACCGGCUUGCAGCGCCUGUCGCUCACUUGACAUAACUUGCUACGAUGGCAAUAGCCGCCCAAGCUGGAUGAACAAUGAUCGCGAGCGAGAUGAGUUUGCAGACCAAAUCAAGGCUCAAGUCAAAGAAAAAGCAGAAAGUCGCCGCGAAAAGAGCUAUGUGAAAGUACUGCCUCUUGGAAGAACAAAACGGUCGAAAAGCGGCCUGAAAGUAGCUGCUCAAACACCUAAAGCGGAUAAGACUGAACAGGAGGCUCAAAUAUCAUCAUCCGACAAUGAACGCUCGAAGAAUAAUACAACACAAGCUGAAGAUGUCAAAUCGGACAGAGGCGUUACUGACCCGGUUUUACUUGGAGUCAGCAACGAUAUUGAUCUUGAUCUUGAGAUCAUUUUUCUGGACUAUGCCUUUCCCUUUCUUUUUCCCUUCUACCGCCCUUCAAUCUUUGAAGGUGGGCGCGGCUGGGUGCUAGCAACGUUGAGAAAUAGUAUGCCACUAUUCCACACUGCAAUGGGGUUUUCUACCUAUUUCUUCACCUUAGUCAUGGCGAACGUUUCCGCCGGGCGAGAUGAACACGAGGCCUGCAGAAGAUUAAUUGAGCGCAAACUCACUUCUCACAUUGAUAAUGCAAUCAACUCCAUACGAAAGGGUGUUAAUGAUCUCCAUGCCAGCCCAACCCCGAUAUCAGUUUUUGGAAAAGCGCACCUCCUGGAAGGUGUCGUACAGCUAUUAGUGUUUGACACCAACAUUGCAAGGACUACAGAAUGGAGCGUCCACAUAACCGCUGCCGUUUCACUUCUUAAAGAGAUUUUGGAACUACCCGGCUCUCGCGGUGAGAUAGCUGACCUGACCUCGGUCUUCGCUAUGAUGCAGAGGCCGGGAUGGUCGACUGAGUCGCCCAGCCACAGAAUGUGGAACAGCGAUCAAAGCGCCCUUCGAUUUCACGUCGCUUUUAUCAUUUUUGCGGAUAUUAUAUCUGGGACUACUCUGGGAGUUGUUCCCCAAUUGCGAGAAUACUAUACGCACCUAAUUAAACCCAGAGCUAAAGCAGCUCACCCAAGCCAAAUAUUAGAAUUAGGAGACUUCAUCGGCUGCCAAGGCUCGAUUCUUCUUCUGAUAGCUGAUAUUGCGGUUCUAACAGAAAGAAAAAAAUCUGGGCGCGUACUCAAAGAAGAACUGCUCUUUGAGAGUAAAAAGAUUGCUGAAGGCCUUCAGAGUGGCAUUGCUAGUCUUAAUGACGGGAUGCAGCAGCCUCUAACCAACCCAAUUCUUCCUCAAGCGUAUGUCCAUCCUGAGACACUUCUACAGAAUAUAGAUACCAUAUCAGUUAGCUUGAUAUGGGCAUACGCGGCCGUUAUCUACCUAUUGAUCACGACGUUUGGAUGGCGAGAGGAAGAUCAAUGUAUUCAGGAAAAUGUUUCAUCAGCUUUACGUCUUUUACAGCAGAUUCAAUCUCCAGCAAUAUUGCGCAGUCUCACCUGGCCAUUCUUUGUCGCUGGCUGCCUUGCUACCAAGAGCCAAGAGGCGGAGUUCAGGCAAAUUGCCUCCAAAAUGGGUUCUUUGUCAGCUUUUGGCACGCUGAAUGAGGCACUUAAGAUCAUGGAGAAAGUAUGGAACACUCGUGGAGAGAAAGACGAGGAAACAUGGGACUUCACUUGUUGUUUUAGAAUGAUGGGAUCAAUACCAUUGCUGAUAUAA